AUGUCCGCGAUUGGCUCAGUCACUGGCAUGAGAACACCCAUGGCGGUCGGCGAAUGCGAAGCUCGCGGAAGCUGCGCUGGCCGUCACUGCGCAAGACAUGAAGUCGAAAGAGGCUCCAACGAUUGGCCGGGCGUGGGGCUCCACCUGCAUGCCAAAAGCGGGUCGCGUGUGGGACGCUAA